GGGGCUCCAUGGGGGGGUCUCAGCACCCCUUUUCCCCCCCUUUUCCCUCCCCAGGUGUCGUGGAGCCUGGAGCACCGCCACGCCCAGUCGGGCACCUACGAGGUGAAGUUCUUCGACGAGGAGUCCUACAGUGCCCUGCGCAAGGCCCAGCGGAACAACGAGGACGUGUCGCGGAUCCGGCCCCUCUUCACCGUCAACGUCGACCACCGGGGAGCCUGGAACGGGCCCUGGGUGUCCACGGAGGUUGUGGCCGCUGCCAUCGGCCUCGUGGUUUAUUACUUGGCCUUCAGCACCAAGAGCAGCAUCCAGGCCUAAAAACCCCCCCAAAAAAACCCA